CGGCCCGCCGCCUCCGCCGAGCCGUCUCUUGGCCUUUGUGUCCCGGCCGAGCGCCCUCCCUGCCGCCCCGCGCCCGGCACCCUGGAGCCGCACGGGAGCCGGCUGUCCGAGCUGCGUCCGGCGCGGCGCCCCGGAGCCCCGAGUCCGCCGCGCCGCCGCGCCCCUCGCGUGCGCUCCCGCCCCGCGCUCUGAGGGCCCCGAGGGGAGCGCCACCGGCCUCGGCGCCCGCUGGAGCUGCUCGGCGCGCCCCGGAGCUGCUUGCAGUCUCUCCCUUGUCUGCCCAGAGGAUUGGGGCUCCCGGCCCGCACCUUGUUCCUCCGACGCCAGGAGUGCGCGGAGCUGGGAGCGGCUUGGCCAUGGCCGUGAGGAGGGACUCCGUGUGGAAGUACUGCUGGGGAGUUUUGAUGGUUUUAUGCAGAACUGCGAUUUCCAGAUCGAUAGUUUUAGAGCCCAUCUAUUGGAAUUCCUCGAACUCCAAAUUUCUACCCGGACAAGGACUGGUACUGUACCCACAGAUAGGAGACAAAUUGGAUAUUAUUUGCCCCAAAGUGGACUCUAAAACUGUUGGCCAGUAUGAAUAUUAUAAAGUUUAUAUGGUGGAUAAAGACCAAGCAGACAGAUGCACUAUUAAGAAGGAAAAUACCCCUCUCCUCAACUGUGCCAGACCAGAUCAAGAUGUAAAAUUCACUAUCAAGUUCCAAGAAUUCAGCCCUAACCUCUGGGGUCUAGAAUUUCAGAAGAACAGAGAUUAUUACAUUAUAUCUACAUCAAAUGGGUCUUUGGAGGGCCUGGAUAACCAGGAGGGAGGGGUGUGCCAGACAAGAGCCAUGAAGAUCCUCAUGAAAGUUGGACAAGAUGCGAGUUCCGCUGGGUCAACCAGGCAUAAUGAUCCAACAAGACGGCCAGAACUUGAAGCUGGUACAAAUGGAAGAAGUUCAACAACAAGUCCUUUUGUCAAACCAAAUCCAGGUUCCAGCACAGACGGCAACAGCGCCGGACAUUCUGGGAACAACAUCCUCGGUUCCGAAGUGGCCUUAUUCGCAGGGAUUGCGUCGGGAUGCAUCAUCUUCAUCGUCAUCAUCAUCACGCUGGUGGUCCUGCUCCUCAAGUACCGCAGGCGGCACCGCAAGCACUCGCCGCAGCACGCGGCCACGCUGUCGCUCAGCACGCUGGCCACGCCCAAGCGCGGCGGCAACAACAACGGCUCGGAGCCCAGCGACAUCAUCAUCCCGCUGAGGACUGCGGACAGUGUCUUCUGCCCUCACUACGAGAAGGUCAGCGGGGACUAUGGGCACCCCGUGUACAUAGUCCAGGAGAUGCCGCCGCAGAGCCCGGCGAACAUUUACUACAAGGUCUGAGCCUCGGCGGUGCCUUCGCUUUCCCGGAGGAAACUUACUGUCCCGCUGCCGCCCGCGGAGGGUCCGAGGCCCCCUGUGCCUGCGACGGACUGACGCACAGCGGGGAGAGGGGACACUCCUUCUCGGGAGAGCCCUGUGGAGUCGGACAGCUGACUAGUCUGUAGCGUUUCGGCCGCGGUGACGCAGGAUGCGCCCCGGCAGCUGGAAGACUCGCGCAGAAGAUGCGCGUGGGGACCGCGCGCGCCCCGCCCCUCUCCUCUUUCGGGUACCACGGGCGUUCGGGCCUCCGCAGGAGCCGAGGGGAGACAGAGCGGUCGGUGGGCGGGAGCGAGAGCUGGGAGCAUCCCGGGCAGGUGUCCCAGGUGCCCCAGGCCGCUGGGCCUGGAAAGGCCGUCCUCUGCCUCGGGCGUGGCCCUUCCCCCCCCCCCCCCCCCCGCCCGAGCUGCACCCCGGACUUGUCUUGUCGCACAGACUCUGGCUGCGUGAGGCUUUCGGAGAGCGCUAGCUUUUAGUCCUCACUGUUGCACACACUCCUGUCAUCCAGGGCUCUGCAGGCCUUCACAUGAGAUUUCUUCUCACGCCACACUCCGUAUCACUAAUGAGACAUGAACGUUUGGCGUCUCGUGCUUCGUCUGUUUGCAACAGCUACCGCCGAAUGGGCGAUACAAGGCUAGAAAUUGCGUUUGCUAAUAAGGAGGCUUCCAGCCAGAUACCAGGCUGUCAGCCCGGGAAGAUGAGGAGUUCACGGAAGGGAGGGCCGGGGGGAAAGGCCGUCUGCAAAGGCAGUUCAGCGCUGCCACCCCUGAAACAGAGUUGGGAGGGAAAACUCCAAUUAGAUAGCACAGCACUUUGGUUUUGCUAAGAUUUUAAGAGGCAAGUAGGAGACACAACGACACACACAGUAGAUUAGGGUGCAUUUGGAGGAAUUCACUCUUAUCAAAGAGCAAUGCACAGGAAAAAAAAAGAAAAAAAUAGUCCCUCUAUGCUGGGUGGAACAAAGGGGCGUUGUUGGUAGAGGGCCAGGCUUGGAGGGAUGGAUGGACACCGGCAGGACUGUCGUGGUACUGGCAAUAGGAUGUACAGCGGUGAAGCUGUAGGAAAGUCGUCGGUCUGCUUUGGGUGAUGUUUAAGGCAGACUCAGCUGCUAUACUUAUCACAUUUUAUUCAACACAGGGAGAGCAUUUAGGAGAUUAACAGAGAGCCAAAUCUGACCUAGAAGUUUAAAAGCCAAAGGUCACACAGGCUGUAAUUCCAUCAUCAUUGACGUUAUUAAGGCAUUCUCAUAGAUAAAAGGUAGGUCAGACUCCCCGGUCCCCCCAGCGCCCCUUCCCCGCCGCUCCCCUCCCCGUUGCGCCUUACGACACUUUGGUUUAUGGCGGUGCUGUCCCGGCCGCGAGGGCCGAGGGGUAGGUACUGAGUGAGGCCACAGCUCGGGGCCCUGUAUCAAGGUGAGGCACACAUGGCAAACCUCUUAGAGUCCUGAGGACCGAAAUAAAUUAUCAUGUCGAGGGGGAGAAGGAAGGUAGGAUGUAUUUAUAAUAGGUAUAUAGAACACAAGGGAUAUAAAGUGAAAGAUUUUUACUAAUAUAUAUUUUAAGAUUGCACACAAUCCACACCAGAAGAUGGGAAAUUCAUCUGUGGCGAUUAAGUGGUCCCAAUGCUCCGUGCUUUAAAAAAAAAAAAAAAAAAAAUUUGGACAGCUACUUCUGGGAAAAACAACAUCACUCCAAAAAUAACAAUAAUGGGAGCAAACACAAAAAUAACCCAGUCCUCUGAAGGCAUCUUGCGUCACCGUAGAUUAGGAAAUGCAAGCCCCAAAUACCAGGAAAUCGGUGUUACUGCAUCGUUUUCAACAAUGACAAGAUGUGCCGGCAUUUAUUUUCUGUGCUGUGUUUUCCCUUGCCCUAUGGGCUGAAGUGUUCGCUAGAAUCCACCGGGUCACAUCGAGGGGGUUUCAGCUGAAAGUUCAGCCUGACCCCCUUCCUUCCUCUCUCCCCCUCCCCUCUCCCCCUCCCUUCUGGGAAAAGAAGUGAGUAAACAGGAAACCUACUUUUUAUGUGCUAUGCAAAAUAGACAUCUUUAACAUAGUCCUGUUACUAUGGUAACACUUUGCUUUCUGAAUUGGG